AUGCCGUAAAGAGACUGAUACCGAAAGUUGGUCGUAGUUUUCAAUAUGGCGUCUGUUAGUGUUAACCUCCACGCGAGAAAUCGCAAUGAAGACGAAAUACUUAUAUUCAGUAGCCUUGGCGAUGCAAAAGCACACAUUAAAAAAGAAGAAAUUGAAACAAAUAACCGUUAUAUUAUUGGUUACAGUACCAAAAACUUUGGCAAUUCAGUUGUUACUUCAUCCUCCCAUAAGGUUUGUUGGGUCCAUGGGGUGAACCCUUACAUGUAUGUGAGCCUUGGACAUCAGGUUCUGAAAUGCCACCAUGGUACAGACAAGAAUAAGAAGAAAAAAAUGGAAAAGGAAAAGACAAAGACAUUUAGCAGUGAGCAGCACUCGUAUGCUAAAAAGAAAACAAGGCAUGCAUUGCAGCCCUCCAAAAAAAUGGACUGUCCUGCUUCGAUCAUUCUGAAGGAAGUGUUGAUAUUCACCCCUGAAGAGGGUUCAUCAAGCGAGCUGGACAAAAAAAUGGCUGCUUCUAAUGUGAGGAGUGAUCUGAGUAAAGGCAUCAAGAAGAUAAUGGUGGUGUUUCCUAACGUCGAACACAAGUACCAUACCAGUGGAGAGAAUGCUGGGCUGUUGCAGCGUAUCGACAGUGAUGUUGCGUCAAAAAUCAAAGAGCUUGUGGUGGAAGAUGGCGUUGCAAAUGUUGAAGAGAUGCAACGCCAUCUGACCUCAUUUGUUACGAAAAAUGUAACACCUGCUCCAUCCAAAACUAAUCGGAGAUUUGCCCCUACAAAAAAAGUGAUCCGUUAUCACAUGAACAAGGCAGCAAAAAAGGGAUGUGAUAGUAGUGAUGAUCAACACAACUUAGUACAGCUAGUGAGUGUGCUUAGUGUGUAAUUAACAGUUAUGGAUAUAUAUUUAUCACAUGCCAUACCCUGCUUCCCCACGUAAUAUAACCAUUACGAUUAUUUUUAUCUUACAAAUGUGUAAUAUACUUUUUAAGGAUUUUCAUUGGCUUAUUUUCGUUUGAUUGACCAAUUGCAUUUUGUUAUUUUGCUGAAAUAACAUUGCAAGGUCAAAUGACGUCACGAAAUGUAAACAACAUUUCGGAUUUAUCAUUAAGUUUGCGUAAAUAUUUAUUUAAUUGGCUCAUUUAAAAGCAUGUGAUCAAGAAGAUCUGGCACUCAUUUAAUACCAUAUUUUAUUAAACUCGUCCAGGAAAUUCGUUAGUUGGCUCGCCAAAGGCUCGCUUACUAACAACAUUCCUGAAUCGUUUAAUAAAAUAUGGUAUGAUAUGACAACUCGUGACAGAUCCUAUUUCUAUAUGUCUAUUCAACAAUUUUAUAUGCAUCACUGAUGAUCAGUUAGAAUCCCAUUAUAGUUAUAUAUCGAUUUAUAUAAUAAAAAAUUACAUAUAUUUGAAAUAGAUAAAUAAUUGAAUGAAAGGCUGACGUGUGCAUUUUUUAAAUAAAUAUGGUUAAACUUGAUGUGCUAAAAGUACACCCACCAGAGUGCUUUUCAGUUGUGUGCAUUUAUGAGAUAUAACAUGGUCUGACCAAAAUUAAUUUUCUUAUGAGUUAUGGCCCUUUGUAUCUUCAAAAAAUGUUUUUUUGUGUCCGGAGCAAUAUCUUGGAAGUGCUUUUGGGAAUUUCAUUGAAACUUGGUAUGAGUAUAUAUAUGGUUAUGAGGAUGAUGCAUGUUGGCGUUGUCCAUCCGUCCAGAAAUAUUUGUGUCCAGAAUUAUAUUGGCGGGGGAUAUCAAUUCAACAAAUUUGCUUGUUCAUUAUGCUUUAUAAUACUGUGUACCGGUAUGUUAUUGAACAUUUUAGUUUUGUACAUCAGCAAUAUGAUUUUAGUUUUGCUAAAUCCAUGAUAUAUUAUUUAUUUAUAAUUAUUUAGCUUAAUGAAUACAAAGAUGCUUGUCCGGAUGCACUUGUUUAUGUAAGGCAAAAACAAACAAAUGCAAAUGAAGAAAGUGAGGUACUUUAGUUGAAUUAACAGUUCAGAUGUUUUGUUUGAUAUUAUGUUUUGAGUGUGUAAGGUUUAUACUUUGUGAAGUGUUUUGUUUACAGUUGUGUAAUAUUGUGACAUGUUAUUGUGUAAGAGUUUUGUUUUAAAGAUGCUGAAUCUGUUUGAUUUUGUUAAUUUUUUUUUAUAUCUCUCAUUUUAAAAAUAUGUUUGGUGUUGUUUCACAAUCCACUAAAUAUAAAUUUAUCCAUAUUGGUAAUAUUGACAUGAUGAACAAUUGUUAAAAAAGUUUGAAGGAAAAAGACACCUGAAUUUCUGUUCUUGAUUAUUAUCCCCUGCCAAAGGCAGAUGGAUAUAGAAUUGGUGUUUUUUGUCUAUCUGUUACAAAAGUUUCAGGGAUAUUUCUAUGACACCAUAUAAGAUAUAAAUAUAUAAUUUCAUGGUUGUAUAGAUACUGACUUGGAGAAGUGCCAUGUACAAGAAACAUAACCCUUCACUUUUUUAAAUAAGUGUUAUUAUUAACACCCAUUAAACAUUCAUAAGUCUGAACAGAACAUCAUAUCAUUAAUGGUAAUUUUUCAUAUAUUUUGAUGAACAAAAAUUUGUGUGCACAACAAAGCUAUUACUUUACAUUCAGCAUCUUUAAAGUUUAGUUUUAUUGACAUGGAAUAAAAGUGUCAACUGUUAA